AUGCUGCUUUUUCCUGUCUCUUUACUCUUUCUCUCGCCGGCCUUUGCGGCCUCUGCUCUGAAAGUUGACACCGUCGAUGGCCGGAAGACGUGCACGGUGGCCACCCUAGGCGAUGAGCAGAACGACGUCCCGAACAUUUUGUCUGCAUUCGAAGAGUGUGGAUCCUCAGGGACAGUGAUCUUUCCUGAAGGGGAAAACUACUGGAUUGCUGAAAAGUUCACGGCGGAUAUUGAAGAUGUGGAAAUUGAAUGGAGAGGAACAUGGACGUUCUCCGACGAUCUGGAUUAUUGGCGCGAAAACUCAUACCCAAUUUCUUUCCAGAAUCACGCAGCCGGGUUCAUUCUGAAAGGCAAAGGAAUCCGGAUCAACGGGUACGGCACCGGCGGAAUCAAUGGGAAUGGAGAUCUCUGGUAUACCGACGAGGCUGGAACUACUAAGAAGGGGCGACCCAUUCCAUUUCAACUCUGGAACGUCAGUGAUGUCACCGUUCAGAACUUCGCGAUUAUUGAGCCCCAGCUGUGGGCCAUCAAUAUCAUGAACGGUACAAACCUCGAGUUCGAGAACAUCCAUGUUAAUGCGACUGCCACCAAAGCGCCUUCGGGCAAGAAUUGGGUCCAAAAUACCGAUGGAUUUGAUACAAUGGACGCGGACAACGUGAGGUUGAAGAAUUUCACCUACACCGGAGGAGACGAUUGUAUCGCCAUUAAGCCUCGAUCAUACAACAUCCACAUCGACGGAGUGGUCUGCAAUGGCGGCAAUGGUAUUGCCAUAGGUAGUGUCGGCCAAUACCUCGAAGACUCCAGUGUUGAGAAUGUGGUCAUGCAGAACGUCAAGGUCCCACGCACUCGAUUUGGUAUGUAUAUCAAAACAUGGAUAGGCGAAAUCGCCGAGCAAGAUGGUUACGAGAGCGGAGGUCAGCCUCGAGGAGGCGGCUGGGGCAAAGUCCGCAACGUUACCUUCUCUGCUGUCGCCGUGACAAAUGCCAACAGAGUUGGUCUCAUCGACCAGAAUUCAGGAGAUAAUGGAUCAUUCACCGGAACCAGCAAGAUGGAAAUCUCAGAUAUCGUGUUUGACCAGUUCACGGGCACGUUGGCCUCGGCCAGUAACCAGAUUGGCGUCCAGUGUAGUAAAGUUUAUCCCUGCUAUGGCAUCUAUUUCAGUGACAUAGACGUGAAAUCUUCGUCUGGGAGCAGUCCCACUGGAAAAUGUACAUAUGCGAAGAAAAAUGGCAUUCAUGGGCUGUCUGGUUGCUAG